UCUUCCCCUUGCCGGGGCUACAUCCUCCAUCAAGGGGAACUUCUCUCUCUCUCUCUCUCUCUCUCUCGCUCGCGCGCGCUCUCUGGUUUGGAAUCGGAAUCAUUCCCUGAGCAUAAUAUUCUCUCUCCUGUGCUCUGUACAGGAGCUUAUUCUUUCAUUCUUUAUCUUCUUUUUUUCCUCCUUUCUGUUUUUUUGUCUGUUGGGUUUUUAGAGCAAGAGAUUUUGUAAAUUAGUAGGGGGGCCGAAAUCUGGGCUUGUUUCUCCUUCCGGCAGCUUGAAUCGUUUCCAUCCGUCCAUCCACCCACCGGAUCGACAUGGCCACAGUCAUCCAACUCGACGGCGACCGUGCGGUCAACGCUCUUCACGAUCAGGAGAAAAUGCCGAUUGCAACGAUCAGCCAUGAUUAUGCUGAUCAUGGAGGGGUUUGCGCGAUAUGUUUGGAAAAGAUUGUGCUCCAAGAAACUGCCCUUGUAAAAGGUUGCGAGCACGCCUACUGUGUGACAUGCAUUCUCCGCUGGGCCUCAUGUAAGGAGAGACCAUCCUGCCCUCAAUGUAAAAAUCCUUUUGACUUCCUCAAUGUUCAUCGCUCGCUUGACGGAAGUAUCCGUGAUUACAUGUUCGAGGAGAGCGUAUGCCUGCUUCUUAGGGCUACAUGGUUCAUGCCACUGGAGGUCCAUUACGAGGAGUCAUAUGAUCCCCUCGAAGACUACUGUCCCUAUGUGGACGAAGUAGAUGAUGAGGAUGACGAUCUUGAAGAAGCUUACUUCAACAGUCCUAGCAUCCGGAUUGGGAAUCGGAGGUGGGGAGAUAACGGGUAUGUCAGGGCAGGCCGCCAAGAAGCACGGCCAGCCUAUCGGGCAAACCCUCAAGACGAGGGUGCUUCUAGUUCGUCCCGCCAGCCCAAGAAAAAGGAGGUUGCAGCAAAGGAGACGGUCGGUACUGGGAGGCGGGCGAAGAGGGCUCUGAAGCGGGAGGCAGCUGAUAAGGCAGCUGCGGCCAAGCAUCAGCAGCAUCUGAUGAGGCUGGGAAGGAACUGAUUGGAGUGGUCCUCUAGCGGGAGGGGUGAAGAAAGCUCUGGUUUCGACUUACUCUUGUACAUAAGCUUAGACCGCUGUGAAAUAAUGACUUUUCUAGGUGGGAUAAAGAUGAUGCUGUAAAUUAGUUCUCUAGGCUUCUGCUUUCACAAUUCAGACACGAAGAUCUGGAUUUUUAUGCCCUCGUGUCCCUUUCAUUGGUUGGUGGUUUGCUUCCCUCUGAAUUUGGGAUGCUUCACCACGUUAUCUUUAUGAGACAUUUGACUAAUGAAUCAACGUCUUAGAUGCUGGA